CAAAAAUGGAAAAGAGGGGUUUAAUAUAAGGCAGCUGCGACAUUUUUUCUCUUUUGUGUGUGUGUGUGUUGUAUCAGGACUCUUUCUCUUUUAUGAAAUUGUGGAGGAACUGGGAAAAAGACCACUGCGAAAAUCCUUCCUUGACCCCUGUUGGUUGCUUCUUUCACAAGGACCCUUUUCUCUGAUAAAUAGCGAGAAGAAGGGGAAGAAAGGAGAGGAAAAGGAAGGGAACAAAAGAGUAUUAUUCAGCUCCAGAAAACAAGAAAACGCAGACCCAUCAUCAGAUACAUAGAGAAUAUUGACCUAAUCACAAUUUAUUGAUUGCAGAUUUUUGCGGCGGGGAUUGAUUGAUUGGUUGCGUUUGGGUUUUGUGGGAAUUGGGGGUUUGUCGGCGGCGGUGAAGUUGCGAUUUUUCCGACGAACUAUUCUCGGAGGUCGUUGAAAAAUCUGAGCUUUGCUGGUGGGUCGGGUCGGGUGAAAUUGGGUGUUUUAAGGUGGGAGUGGAGUGGGUUUUGGGAAUCUUAUAAGAGGGGAAUUGUGAAAUUGGGGUUUUGGAGGUUUUGAAUAUGGGGUUUUAAGACUGGUUUGAAGUUGGGGGGGGGGGGGGGGGGGUUGUAUUGAAUAUUGAUAAGAUCUUUCUUUGGAUUUGCUGAGAUUUGGGUUGCUUUGGAUCAUUUGAGGGGUGGGUAUGUUUCGAUAUACAUAAAGUUUCUGUUUUGAUUGUUGAUUUUGUGGAUCAGGGCUGGAGAUUGCGGCGUGGCAAGAGUUUAAGGUGGUUUGAUAAUUGUUUAUUUGGUGAGGAGUUGUGGAAUUGGGGGAGAAGAUGAGUUCAAAUGUGUUGUCUGGUGCAGUUCAAAAUGGGAAGCUCUUAGUUCACAUUGCCGAGAACGGGCAAUCGUUUGAGCUCAGUUGCAAUGGAUAUACGCUCGUUGAAAACGUGCAGGAAUACCUGGAAUCGGUGAGCGGGAUUCCCUCGAAUGAUCAUCUUCUCUUGUGCCAGGAUGUGAAACUGGAGCCUCGGUGCCCCCUCUCGACUUACAAGCUCCCAUCGGACGAUCAAGAAGUGUUCUUGUUCAACAAAUCAAGAAUGCGGAGCAAUGCACCACCUCCAGCCCCCGAGCAAGUCGAGAAAAUCGACAUUCCUGAUCCCCCGUUGCCCACCGCUACCCACGAUCCCCACCCGUUGGAUGAUGCUUCGGAUCCUGCCCUAAAAGCCUUGCCCUCGUACGAGAGGCAGUUCAGGUACCACUUCCACUGCGGAAACGCCAUUUACACGCUUUCGCAAGUGAAAAUCGAGGCCUGUGAGAGGCUUUUAAAAGCUCAGAAGGUGCAGGAGAGAGCUAUGGGGAUUGCUAGGGGAAAUCUUGAUCAUUUCUACGGGAUGAUACAGCAAAACUAUGGUGAAUUCUUGAAAUGCUACUCGCAGCAGCAUCGGAGCCACUCUAAUCUGAUAACGAAUUUCGGGAGGGAUAUAGAGAGGUUGAGAUCUUGCAAACUCCAUCCAUCCUUAGAAACUGGCAACCGGAAAUGCUUGCUGGACUUUGUGAAGGAAGAGAACUUGCAUAAGUUGGUAGAGGAUUGUAACAGUUCCCACCUGCAGUUCGAUAAUAAGGUUUCCGAAUUUAAGCAGGAAUUCGGAGAGCUAGAGAACAAUGCCAAGCAAUUAUUUUCGAGCAAGGCUUCUGAUAUUAUCAGGGAUCUGGAACAGACCAUCCGAGACCAUCAGAAGUAUCUCAGUGAGCAAAAGAGCAUAAUGCAGGCUUUGAGUAAAGAUGUGAAUAUGGUAAAAAGGCUCGUGGAUGAUUGCCUCACUGGCCAGUCGUCAUCCUCUCUUCGUCCUCAUGAUGCGGUUUCUGCCUUGGGUCCCAUGUACGAAAGCCACGAGAAAAUUUAUCUCCGCAAGAUGCAGGAUUGUGAUCGAAGAAUCACGGGUUUGCUUGAUUUCUGCAAGGAUAAAAAGAACGAAACGAACCUAUUUGUGCAUAAUUAUAUGCAAAAGAUAGCAUAUAUCCAGUAUAUGAUCAAGGAUAUACGGUGCAAAUUCUCCGUCUUCCAGGAGGCUUUGAAGCGUCAGAGUGAUCUUUUUGAACACCUUAGAGUGGUUCGUGGAAUCGGUCCUGCAUAUAGAGCGUGCCUUGCGGAGGUUGUAAGAAGGAAAGCUUCGAUGAAGCUCUAUAUGGGGAUGGCGGGACAAUUGGCUGAACGGCUCGCGACCAAGAGGGAAGCGGAAAUUCGUAGGCGAGAGGAGUUCCUUAAAGUUCACAGUUCAUACAUUCCGAGGGAUGUUUUGUUUUCGAUGGGAUUGUAUGAUACCCCUAGCCAGUGUGACGUGAAUAUAAGUCCUUUCGAUACCAAGUUGCUCGAUAUUGAUAUCUCGGUGCUCGAUCGUUAUGCUCCUGAGUAUUUGAUGGGACUAUCAUACAGAGGCGAGAAGCAUUCGGGUCUCAAGAGUUCGUUUUCCAUGUCUAACGAUGGCUCACAAUCGGCCGAAAUCGAUGAAUGUGCCUUUGAAUUUUCUGAGAAGGUCGAUUCCGAGGGUUCGGAGUUUCUAGAUAUCGCUGGAACCAGCAAGAUGGAGGUCGAGAAUGCGAAACUAAGAGCGGAACUUGCUUCUAAGAUAGCCGUGAUUUGUUCCAUUAGCCCUGAAUUCGAUUACGAAUCUCUCGACGAUAGUAAAAUCGAUAGUUUUCGAAAAGAUAUCCGGGAGAAAACCUCCGAAGCCCUACGUCUGAAAGACGAGUACGAAAAACACCUCCAAUCUAUGCUGAAGACGAAACAAAUGCAGUGUGAAUCGUACGAGAAACGAAUCCAGGAAUUGGAGCAGCGAUUAUCGGAUCAUUACUCGCAAGGCCAUAAGCAUUCUGCCGAUGAGGGCACGUCGAACUUAACCGCUUCGGCUGCGAAGAACGACGGUAGCAAAUCCGAGAUAUCGGGCGUUGGAGAAGCCGCUAUGGAUGAGUUUUCGUGUGCCUCUAGUUCAUUAGAUAAACCGGGGCUUCUCUCCAAACAGAGAAAGGCGGCACAAGAAGCAUUGUACGAUAAUAUGACGGAUUCUUCCAGUACGAUUAACCCGCAAUUGGAUUCAUCUAUGCUCGAUCCUCACCGUGAUGAAGAACACGAGCACUUCUCUGACAAGGAUGCAAAAGAGACGGUGGAUGUGGCUGUGUCGAUCCCGUCAAGUUCUAUGGUUUUGAGUGUGUCUCAGCCUUCGAACGUUUUACCUUCUGAAGCAGCAGCUGAACCCGACAUGGAUUCGAAAGUAAGUGCCGAUCUGGUUCUCGAGUUGCAAAACGCACUUGCUGAAAAAUCAAGCGAGUUGAACGAAGCAGAGAAUGAGCUCGGGAUGUUGAGAGAAAAGGUCGCCAAGCUUAACAUGGAGUUGGAGAACAAGAGGCAGCUCCUCGAUGAAUCUCAGAUGAAUUGUGCCCACUUGGAGAAUUGUCUUCACGAGGCAAGGGAGGAAGCUCAAACCCAUCUUUGUGCGGCCGAUCGAAGGGCCUCGGAGUAUAGUGCACUGCGUGCUUCUGCUGUAAAAAUGCGUAGCCUCUUCGAAAGAUUGAGAACUUGUAUUUUAUCGGGCGGGACAGCUGGUUUUGCCGAGUCCCUACGUGCUUUAUCUCAGUCUUUGGCAAAUUCUAUUAAUGAAAAGGAGGAUGAUAGCACCGCUGAGUUCCGAGAAUGUGUCCGGGUGCUCGCUGAGAAAGUUGCUGCAUUGUCGAGGAACCGAGCAGAGCUGCUUGAAAGGUGUUCGAAUUCCGAAACUGCAAAUAAGCAGCUAACGAAGGAGGUUGAAGAGAAGAAAGAGCUCGUCAACGCCCUCUAUAAAAAACAUCAACUCGAGAAGCAGGCGAACAAAGAGAAGAUAUGUUUUGCUCGGCUCGAAGUUCACGAGAUUGCAGCAUUCGUGCUCAACUCAGCGGGAUACUACGAGGCAAUCAACCGCCACUGCCCCCGCUAUUACCUCUCUGCAGAAUCGGUGGCCUUGUUCACCAACCAUCUCCCGAGCCGCCCAAGCUACGUUGUCGGGCAGAUUGUGCACAUAGAACGACAGAUCGUGAGGGCCCCACCCUCGCCCUCGACUCAAGCUGACCACCACCACGAUAGAGAUCGAGUAGUAGGAGAUUCAUUGAUGUCCGAUGCAGGAACGAGCCGGUUGUCGUCCUUGAAUUCAGGAACAACUUCAACAACGCCUUAUGGUCUCCCUGUUGGGUGCGAGUUCUUCAUCGUGACAGUCGCCAUGUUACCCGAUACAUCAUCAUCGACCAUUCGUUCCCAAUCAUCGUCCCCUUCCUGAUCGCGCUAACCGGCAAAUUGGAAAUGAUGGAAGCUAACUGUUCUGGUGUAAAUACCACCAUAUUACAAGAACCCAUAAUGGGGAUUCUUAUGAUUAGCUUGAUUUCCCACUGUACAGUUCAAUCUAGCUCCCCCCAAAUUGAUCAUGGAAACUCUACUUGUACAUACAAUCAAUCCCCUUUUCUUCUAAAUUGUCACUUUGUGAAUAUCUCUUCUCUUGGUUUCUUCAUUUCUUGCAGUUCUGAUCUUU